ACUCGCCAAAGUGGGAGAUUCGAAGCAUCAAAAUAGAACCGAGUUAAGGUUCAACUCUCACCUGAGACACCUGCGUUGACGCUGCCGUUCUGAUCCACAGCUCGGCUCGUCUCAGGGCUCCGUGGGACCAGGAUGGCCACGCCGAGCAAGACGCCGCCCGGCGCCGACCCGAAGCAGCUGGAGCGGACUGGAACGGUCCGGGAGAUCGGCUCCCAGGCGGUGUGGUCCCUGUCCUCCUGUAAACCCGGUUUUGGAGUGGACCAGCUGAGAGACGACAACCUGGAGACCUACUGGCAGUCGGACGGGUCUCAGCCGCACCUGGUCAACAUUCAGUUCAGGAGGAGGACCACUGUGAAGAUGCUGUGUAUUUAUGCUGAUUAUAAGUCAGACGAGAGCUACACUCCCAGUAAGAUAUCCGUCAGAGUCGGCAACAACUUCCACAACCUUCAGGAAAUCCGGCAGCUGGAGAUGGUGGAGCCCAGCGGCUGGAUUCACAUCUCUCUGAUGAACCAGCGAACGAACCAGCCCAUCAGCACCUUCAUGAUCCAGAUUGCGGUUCUGGCGAACCACCAGAACGGCAGAGACACACACAUGCGGCAGAUCAAAGUUUACACUCCGGUGGAGGAGAGCUCCAUCGGAAAGUUUCCACGAUGCACCACGGUGGACUUCAUGAUGUACCGCACCAUCAGGUGAUCGGAGACGGAAACUCGGACAUGAAGCCCACGACUCAGGCAUCAGAACCCUUCUGAUGUUUUCAACUGAGCUGCCGACUGUUUGUGGUUCCAGUUUAACGCAAACAGCCAGAAAACACUGAAUUAAACUUGGACUUUGUGUUCAGUUCAGAGUUUCAGAAACUGAAACGUUUGUGCCUACAGACUGUUUCCUGUUGUGGAUUUGAUACCAAACGCUGAAUUAAAUGUUUCAAAGCCAGAA